AUGUCCAGACAGAAUAUUCCUGGUGCGUCGAAUUCUCUUGCAGGUCAGCUCAAGGGUAGUACUAACAGCUUUGAAGACAAUACCGCAUCAGUCGGCAACGCAUUGCCUCAGAGAGCUGCCAGUGUUCACGUGCCGCCUUCUCGCGACGCAACACAACAGCCGCACACAGAUCUCGACGUAGCCCGGUCGUUGACGCAAGCAAACAUCGAGAUUCGCCCCGACGUCGAGCAUGACCCAAAAGACUACGCACCUUCGGACGAAGAGGCGGAUAGAUCCUCUUCUGACAACAAAGACCCCGAAAAAGAGCCCCAUUACCCGAAUUCCUCCGGUUCCUCUUCGCUGGUCCCUGCAACAAAAGAGUACGAUCCUACUCAGUUGCUCGAGCUCCCUCCGCAACGCGGAAAUCGUCUCUAUCGUGCCUUCAGGUGGCAGUUCUUCUCCGUUUACCGCAAGAUCUACACCGUUGUCUUCCUCCUCAACCUGAUAUGGGGCGUUGUCGGUUUCUCGUUUGGCCGUUUUGGUGACAACAUCUACGCUUCCGGCAAAUUUGCCUCCGACUCAGUUGCAAGUGCCGUCGCCGUAAAUGUCAUGGUUGCCAUUGCCGUUCGCAACGAGCACGUCAUCAACGUACUCUUCUCGAGCGCCAUUGCAAUGCCGCAUUGGAUGCCGCUCUGGUUCCGCCGUUCCUGCGCCAUGAUCUACAGUUACGGAGGCUUUCACAGCGGCUGUGCCAGCGCCUCGGCGGUUUGGUACGCCGUAUACACGGGUGUCGCCAUUCGAGAGUAUACCAGCGGGCGGCAGCCUUCUCCGGUCUUCGUGGUCCUGUCCUCGAUUCUCCUCUCACUCCUCGUGGCGAUCAUCGUCCUCGCACUGCCGAACAUACGCCAGAAGUACCACAACAACUUCGAGUGCGUGCACCGCUUCGCAGGCUGGACCGUCCUCGGGCUCUUCUGGGCUCAGCUCAUCGCCUCCGCCAUCCUCGGAAGCCGAAUGACGAACACUGACGCCGGCAUCACGCUCAUCACCUCGCCCGCCUUCUGGUUCCUGACGGCCGCAACCCUCCUCGUCAUCUACCCCUGGGCGCGCCUCCGCAAGCGCCCCGUCCAGGUCGACUCCCUCUCCGCCCACGCGAUCCGCAUCCACUUCGACUUCGGCAGGCCCGCGAUCGGCUCAGCCAUCCGGCUCGCAGACCGGCCGCUUCGCGAGAACCACGCAUUCGCCACGAUCCCGCGGGAUGACGGCAAGCCGGGCUUCUCGGUCGUGGUGUCCAAGGCAGGCGACUGGACGCGACGCAUGAUCUCUCACCCGCCGCGGUCGCUGUACGUGCGCUCCGGGCCGAACCAGGGCAUGGUGGCCGUGACGAAACUGUUCAGCCCCGUCGUGCUCAUCGCCACGGGCAGCGGCAUCGGACCCUGCCUCGGCUUCUUCGUCGACGCCCCCGGCCACGACGUGCGCGUUAUUUGGAGUACUAAGAACCCUUUGAGCACCUACGGCCCCGCAGUCCUCGACAUGGUCAAGAAAGCGGAUCCGAACGCGCACAUCAUCGACACGGAUAAGACCGGCAGGCCGGACAUUGUCAAGCUUGCGUACACGGUGUACCGCGAGAGCAAAGCCGAGGCGGUGUGCAUUAUCUCAAAUAAGAAGGUUGUGGAUAUGGUGGUGUUUGGGAUGGAGACCAGGGGUGUGCCGGCGUAUGGGCCUAUUUGGGAUUCGUGA